AUGGGACCAGGGUACAAAGUGUCGUUUAAACUCAAGCCGGUGGAAGUUUUACAAGAGGCAUUAAAGACUACCCUUACCUUUGUGGAAGUGCUCUCAGAAAAAUCGAAUUCCUUUAAAAAAAAGUUUACAAUCAAUAUCAACACCACGGAGUAUCUAACCUUUGAACGAGAGCUUACGGCUCUUAAGUCCUGGACUCAGACAAAUGCCAUUUUAACCCUACCCCUUGCCGAAUCUAUUGUAGAUGGGGGCAAUGUAACCGCCACCUUAGAGGCGACCUUCACCAAUAGCACGUAUUUGCUAUUUGCCAACAUUGCAGAGCAGAGUCAGCAAGCCAAUGCCAACAACUUGUCACAUGAAGGCAUUGGUGAUGGAGACACAUUGCAGCCCACCUCCACCACCGUCCAGGGACCACAACGUGCGCCAGCAUCACGUUCUGCUGCAUUUGAAGUACCCAUAUGGCUGAUAUUGUGUUACAGCACCAUACUGCUGUUUGCCAUAGUGGGCAACCUGUUGGUUAUCAUCAUACUGGCCCAGAAUCGUCGUAUGCGCACCAUAACGAAUGUCUUCCUGCUGAAUUUGGCCAUAUCGGAUAUUCUGUUAGGGGUUUUUUGCAUGCCGGUCACUUUGGUGGGCACUCUGUUGCGAAACUUUAUAUUUGGUGAAUACUUUUGCAAGCUGAUACAGUUUUCACAAGCCGCUUCCGUAGCUGUGUCGUCCUGGACCCUGGUGGCCAUAUCUUGUGAACGUUAUUACGCCAUUUGCCAUCCACUGAGAUCGAGAAGAUGGCAGACACGCAGUCAUGCUUAUAAAAUCAUUGCCAGUAUUUGGUGUGGCAGUAUGCUGUGCAUGACUCCCAUUGCACUUUUCAGCCAAUUGAUGCCAACGAGUCGGCAAGGCUAUCACAAAUGUCGUGAAAACUGGCCAUCCUAUGCCCUACCCUACGAACGGCCCUAUAACAUUUUUCUCGAUUUGGUAUUGCUGGUCUUGCCCCUGGCCAUAUUGUCGGUGGCAUACAUUCUGAUAACGCGUACCCUGUACGUGGGUAUGCGCAUCGAGAAGGCAAUGAUAUUUGGUGGGGGCAGUUGUAAUGGAAAAUUAAAUUCCGACGAAAUGUAUACAACUUUACAGCGAAAGAAUGGCACAUCCAUCUAUGGCGUGGGCAGCAUGACCAAAGGUGUUUUUGUAUCAACAACGGCGCCUUCAACACCAACUUCAUCCAUGACUACAUUAGCCUCGACGUCCUCAUCCGUGUCACGAUUUAAAUCGCAAUUGUCACUGAGGCGUCAUGGCCAUGUGGUGCAAACAAAUAUUAACACCAAAAACAAUGGUGCGGCAGUGGGACUGAGUGGAUCAGGUGGUGCUGGAGGCACUGUCGGUGUUGCAGCCGCCUCGAGUGGUGUGGGUGGCAUGCGAAGCCAUCUAAUGCAUAGUAGAGCAGCAGGAGUAGCCGUAGGGGGAGGCAAUAUGGAUGAAACUAUACAAGAAGUAGAUGUCUAUCAACAGAAAUCCUACAACCAACCAUCACCCUACAAUGGGGCACACCACCAACGGAUGUUGCAACAGCAGUCAUCCAUACACCAGAAACAGCAGCUGCAGCUGCAACAACAGCCACAGAACCAUUGUCACAAUUAUCACCAACAGAUUAUGCAUCAUGCCGAAUAUGGCCACGAGCAACAUCCUCCCACACUGACGCACCAUGUGUCGGAUAAACUUUUUUGCGAAAAUAUAUCACGCUUCUGUUGUGGCGGCAAGCGCAGCACAUCCGCCUCAACCACAUCGAACAACGGAAGGCGUCAUCUUUAUUGCAUGCGAUUUGCCACACUGCGGGCUGUGCCCACAGACAGUGAUUCAGUCAAUGCUAAUUCAAGUUACUGUACAUCGGAAUGUUGCAGUAACAAUGGCCUAGUAGCGGGAGGAGGAGGAGGAGGCGGAGGAGUAGGUGGUGGUCCUGUGGGUGGUGCUAUGGCAAGUUGUUGCAGUAGUCAUUGUGCCAUGGGCGUUAGCGGCAAUAUGCCAUCAUCAUCAACAUCGUCUUUAGCCUCUUCCUCGACCACUUAUUCGUAUCGCUAUCAGAUGCAACAGCAGCAAUACUACCAUCAUCCGUACAACACAACACGCAAUAAUUGUAUGCAGUAUGGAAAUUCCGAAUACUAUGGAAAAUCUGACACUGGCAAGAAGCUAUUCACCAGCAGUAAACGUAAUUUAAGAUCAUCAGAUUCUGUGCUACGGAGGAACAACAUUGCCAAGAACCUGGAAAGUAAAAAACGUGUAGUUAAAAUGCUCUCAGUGCUGGUGUUGGAGUUCUUCAUCUGUUGGACGCCACUGUAUGUCAUCAACACGGUGGCCAUGUACAUUGGGUCGGCCAUUUACGAGUACAUUGAUUACAAGUCCAUAAGUGCAUUGCAGCUUUUGGCAUACUCCUCGAGUUGCUGUAAUCCGAUCACCUACUGCUUCAUGAAUGCCAAUUUUCGACGAGCUUUCCUGGACACAUUCAAGGGGAUGCAUUGGUGCGGCAAAAGAUUUCGACGUAAGCGUUCCACAGCGCAAAGUGGAAAUUUAUGCUUGGCCGGCAAUUCAAGCAUAAGAGUGAAUAGCUGUACCGUACAAACGGUAAUAGAUAGUCCUCGUCUCUAGGACAGACUCAACGGAGGUGUAGGCGGAGGAGGAGGAGCAGGUGGUAGAGCAACUAUAAUUCGAGCAACAGGGAAUAGCCCAUAUCAUCGAUUUGAAAUGCAAUAACGAAAUCAUCAGUCAUACGCAUUCAUGCAUGCGCACACAUAUGCAUGAACUAAUUACAAAGAAAUGUUUUAUUUAAACUUAAUUAGGCACUUGAUGUGCUCCAUUGAGGGUUGUCAGCAUAUGCAACACUGGAGUCUGGUACUUCAUAGGAAAAUACAAAAUCAUAAAAAAGAAAGCAAAGGAAAUAUCAUUCAAAAUGAAAGGUUCCACUCAAAUUUUGGCCUGACUGCAAGGCGAAACAAAGGCAAAAAAGAUUUUUUUUUGCAUCUUGAACUGGCAAAGAUCUUUUCGAAUUGGAAAUUGUUAAUGAUAUUAGAAAUACAUGUGCAGGUAUUACGACGACCUAGUUUAGUAAAGUAGCUUUUAAUGCAAAAAAAAAAAACAAACAAAAA